CCGCUAUCACCGUGUAGUUACGCACGUCCGAGGAAACGUUGUUCUCCUCCUCCUCCUCCUCCUCCCACCCCCGCGAGUACGUAGCGCACACCUCACGCCGUGACAACCCUUCGAGUCUCCCCCGAGUCGUGAGAGUUUUUUUUUUUCUACAGCAUGUCAGACUGGGACACCGCGCCUAUCACUCUCCGUAAACGCGCUCCGAAGUCGUCCACGUUGAAAACCGAAAAGGCGGUGAACGACGCGCGGCGACAGGGCUACACCGUGGAGACCCAGGCGAAAUGUGAGUAUUGGGGCGGUGGUGCAAACAGACAGCAUGUAACCACAAAGAACACAGCCAAAUUGGAUCGUGAAACGGAGGAAUUGAAGCACGAUCAAAUUCCACUUGAACUUGGCAAACUUAUCCAGCAAGGACGACAGAACAAAGGAAUGUCGCAAAAAGACCUGGCCACGAAAGUAAACGAGAAGGCGCAAGUUAUCAAUGACUACGAGGCGGGACGUGGAAUACCGAAUCAGAUGGUGAUUGGCAAGAUCGAGCGAGUACUAGGAAUGAAAUUGCGCGGUAAAGAUCGUGGCAAACCGUUAGCGGCCCCCGGGACGAAGAAGUGAAUCUCGGGGGGAAUCAAUGUCUAUCUUUCGAUCUUUAUAUAAUGUUCCCAAGAAAGAACUGUGAGAAAGACGGUAGAACGGAACGCGACAAAAAAAAAGAAAAAACAAAUCACUACCCUGCUUUCCUUUUCCUGGUCAUAUAGAUACUGUGAACUAAAAAAAAAAAAACUGGGUUAUAACUAUUUGUCUUUAUGUACGAAAUAAGAGAUAUUUUAGGAUAUCACGAAUACGUACGGAGUAACUUACGGUUACAUACGAUAUGUAGUAACGCAGCAUAAAGUUUUUUAAAAAAACAAGGCUUAUUGAGUUACCUUUGUGCGUAAUCGUUUGUUAUAGAUUUUUAAGUGUACAUUACUAAUGCUAAUCAUGAAAUAAAAGAAAGCGAAACUGUGUUUGAGUGACAAAAUAAAAUUCUUAAUUUAUGAUGGACCAUCAGAUAUUUGUUCUCAUUAAGAAUCGGGAAGAUUUAUUAAGAAUCUACGAGGUAUAGAUAUUUACACAUACAAACACAUACACAUAUAUUAAGUAGAAAAUAUAGUGUAUAAAUAUUUAAAAAAAAAAAACAAAAAACGCCUAUUUAAGUACCGCUUACGUGUAUAUUUUAAACUUUCGUGUAUAUUUUUUGUACAUUAUUUAAUCUAUGCAAUUUCAAUUUAUGCAUUUAAAAUCUAUUAAAAUGAUUAUUCCGUAAUGUAUUGUCUACUUCGAAGAAUGUUUGAAUGAGAAAGAAACUUAAUAAC